AGAGUAAUUAAGACCAAUGAAGAUCUUGAAGCUAGAAAAGAAUCCAAGUGUUCGACGUGUUAUUGUUAAACCCACUCAUUCUAUGGUGAACCUUCUGGGAAACCUUCUCUUCGUUUUCUUUGAGGGUAUUGCUGUGGAUCUCGAACGAGGAAACCUAGUCACGCACGCAGUUCGCCACCAAAUCUAACAAACAGGCGUCUUUAAUCCUAACUCUACAGCUGUUAUCUGACUAUCUCGUACAGAUUAAUUAACUCUCGAAAAUACUAGUGGCUGGUGACUCUAUUUCGCCCAAAAGUCAACACCAGGCGCGGCAGCAUUUUAGGCUUCGUCGAAGUGGAAAAGGUAACAUGAACACGGAAAGAUUACGUAGACAGCUCGUGUAAGUAUACCAACAAAAAAAAAAAAACCUAAAGUCAAUUUCUGGAGAGUGGGCUCUUCGCAAUGAUGUACCUCGAGCUGUGUAUAUAAAGGUGACGCAGUCCCUCCAAAACCCGUCCUCUCCUACCAACAGAAUAUAGUACCAAGCUGACGAGGAGGCUCUGAAGUCAGUUCCCUCUUCCCUACAACACAUAAUCCAGCUCAGCAAUAACCACAUUUACUUCGUCUUCCUCUUCAAAAUGCGCUUCACUCAAAUCAUCGCCGCUGCCGUGCUCGCAGCUCCCCUCGCCUUGGCGGUUCCGGUCUCGACUCCUGUUACCCCUGCCACCGCUGAUCUCAACUCUGAUCUCACUACCAGCCUUCACUAUGUCGCCGCUCUCCGGCAGAUAAAGGAAAAGUACCCCGAACUCGCCCAAGAGGAUGCCAACAUUGCAGCCCGGGGCUAUCUUGAGGCUGUUGGUGUACAACGCGCUGGCGGUUUCUCUAACAGCACUGCUUUGUAUCGGUUCUUCCUCUACGGCGAUUAUUGGCCCGUCUAUGAUGCUUUCCUAUGUGAAAGUUCUGGUAGCAGAAUCAUGAAGCUUCAAGUAUUGUAUUAG